AUGGCCUGGGAGCCAGGGGCGCGGGCCCGCCGCCGCCCUAAGUUGAGGAAGGAGAGGCCCGGCCCAGCACGAGCAUCCCCCGGCGCCGCCGCCGCCGCACGGCCUAACCCCGGCCGCGGGGCGCGUAGAAGCGGCGGCCGCCUGUUCGCCGGCCCUGGGCCCGGCCCGUCCGUCGCCAGCCGCGCGGGGCCCGCCUCAGCAGCCGGGACGGUGCCGCGGGUUCCCGAGCGCCACCGCUGCCGCCAUCUUGGGACGCCGGCCGGGUCACCUGACCUCCCCGCCCACCUCGGCAGCCACCUUCUCCGCGAGGGCGGGGCCGGCCGGCGCCGCGAGGCUCUCGGGGACGCCCGGGCCCGGGGCGGGGCCGGCGGCGAGGGGGCGGGCCCCGAAACCAGAUGCCCCGCCCCUCUCCCUCCGGCCCCGCCCCUCGCGCACCGGCCCCGCCUCCAGGCCCAUCCCAAGAUGGCGGAGAUGCCCCUGUACUUUGUGGACUUGCAGGAUGACUUGGACGACUAUGGAUUCGAGGACUAUGGUCCCGAUUGCGACAGCAUGAGGGUGACAGCCUUUUUGGACAUUCCAGGCCAGGACAACCUGCCUCCACUCGCUCGCCUGGAAAAGUACGCUUUCAGCGGCAACGUCUUCAACCGUCAGAUCAUCGCCAGGGGGCUGCUUGAUGUCUUCCGGGACUUCAGUAACAACGAAGAAGACUUCAUAACGGUAAUGGAGAUCUUGGUCAGGCUGUCGGAAGAUGCAGAGCCCACCGUGCGGACUGAGCUGAUGGAACAGAUUCCUCCUAUUGCCAUUUUUCUACAAGAAAACAGAUCAGAUUUUCCAGUGGUGCUCUCUGAGUAUCUCAUACCCAUUGUGGUGACGUACCUCACAGAUCCAAACAAUCAGGUUAGAAAAUCAAGUCAGGAGGUGCUGUUGAUUCUUCUGGAACAAGAUCUGAUUUUCCAGCACGAUAUUGAAAACAAAGUGUGUCCAGUCGUGCUGGCGCUCUCUGCCCCCGACAGUGACGACGGGUGGAAAGCGGAGGCCGUGCUCAUGAUCUGCAAGCUGGCGCCUGUGCUGAGCAAGAGCGCGGUUGAACGCCUGCUGCUCCCUCGAUUCUGUGAGCUGUGCAGUGAUGGAAAGCUCUUUCAAGCUCGGAAGGUAUGUGCCACAAAUUUUGGUGACAUUUGUCAUGCUGUCGGACAAGAAGCCACUGAGACAUUUUUGCUCCCGAAGUUUGCUGAGCUCUGCUCGGACGGCGUAUGGGGGAUGCGGAAGGCCUGUGCGGAGUGCUUCUUGGCCGUGUCCCACAGCACGUCCCCUGAGGUCCGCCGGGCCAGGCUCUCACCCCUCUUUAUCACGCUGAUCAGCGACCCCUGUCGAUGGGUACGCCAGGCUGCCUUCCAGUCCCUGGGCCCCUUCAUCUCCACCUUUGCCAACCCCUCCAGGGCUGGCCUUUAUGUUCGAGAAGACGGCACCCUGAGCAUCCGACCGCCGGCUCUGGAUGUGGACUCGGAUUUCAGCCCCGGGUCACUGGGUGCCGGCAGCCGUGGGGACGCAUCCUCAGCCUGUUCAACAAAGCCGGGCCAGACAGAGCCGGCUCUGCCCACGGAAGGCACAUCCAUGGACACCAGCAAUUGCCCACGUGGCAGUGGCUCCUCCAGUGGCCUGAUGGAGAGCCCAGUGGAAGACUCUGUCUUGGCUGGAGCCGAGCUGACCGGGCAUUCCGCAGAGGCCACGAAGCUGCCCAUCAAGAGCUGUCCUGGGCCAGAUUCCUGGGCCUGCCUGGGGAGUCCUGAGGACAUUUUCAGUAGUUUCCUUUAUUGGCGAACUCCUCUCCCUGACAUAAGCAAGGACUUGGAGCUGCUCGUGCGCGAGGCAGGCCCGCAGGAGGAAGGCAGCAGCACACCUGGGCCCGCGUGUAGCAGCUAUGUGGCCCAGAGCGAGAUUCAGAGAGUCCUGGAUAGUCUGCAGGAGCACAUGAUGAAUGACCCGGACGUUCAAGCUCAAGUUCAGGUAUUGUCAGCCGCACUGAGGGCCGUACAGCUUGACUCUGGGAAUGAGGCGGAACGCCAGGCGACAGAAGGGCUAAAUGAAGUGUCCAUUUCAGGUCCCAGCCCCGCCUCUGACGGUCGCACGGCCCCGGCGGCCGCCUCGCCACAGAGCGAGCUCUCCGUGGCCAGGAUAUUACAAAGCACAGGCCCAGGCAGACCUGACACUGGAGCCAGUGACCGUCUGGAGACGGCCCAGAGGCAUGGCUCUAGCCCACUGGACAGGAAUAACUCCAAACUACAGGACGUAAUACCUCAGCCCCUGCUAGAUCAGUACGUGUCCAUGACCGACCCGGCUCGAGCCCAGACCGUCGAUACUGACAUAGCCAAACACUGCGCCUAUAGCCUCCCGGGGGUGGCACUGACCCUGGGCAGGCAGAAUUGGCACUGCCUCAAAGAUACGUACGAGACGCUGGCUUCCGACGUGCAGUGGAAGGUCCGUCGGACCCUAGCCUUCUCCAUCCACGAGCUGGCUGUGAUCCUUGGGGAUCAGUUAACAGCUGCCGACCUGCUGCCCAUCUUCAACGGAUUUUUAAAGGACCUGGAUGAAGUACGAAUAGGAGUUCUCAAACACCUAUAUGACUUUCUAAAGUUGCUUCAUGAAGACAAGAGGAGAGAAUAUCUUUAUCAGCUUCAAGAAUUUGUAGUGACCGAUAACAGCAGGAAUUGGAGGUUUCGAUAUGAACUAGCAGAACAGCUGAUACUGAUUUUGGAGCUCUAUAACCCCAAUGAUGUUUACGAUUAUUUAACGCAUCUUGCCUUAAAGUUAUGUGCAGAUAAAGUUUCUGAGGUUCGGUGGAUCUCCUUCAAACUCGUUGUGGCAAUUCUGCAGAAGUUCUAUUCAAACAGUGAAAGUGCAUUGGGGUUAAAUUUCAUCAAUGAACUCAUCCUGAGGUUCCGGCACUGUUCCAAGUGGGUCGGGAGGCAAGCGUUUGCUUUCAUCUGUCAGGCCGUGGUGCGCGAGGAGUGUAUCCCUGUGGACCAGUUUGUGGAACACUUACUCCCCAGCCUGCUAAGCCUUGCAUCAGACCCUGUGCCGAACGUAAGGGUUCUGCUCGCCAAGGCUCUAAGGCAGACACUCUUGGAAAAGGCAUAUUUUAGAAAUGCCGGUAACCCUCAUCUUGAAGUCGUUGAAGAGACUGUCUUCGCUUUGCAGUCCGACCAGGACCAAGAUGUUUCCUUUUUUGCCACCCUAGAACCAAAGAAGCGGAACAGUAUAGACCCUACCAUGCUAGAAAAACAGGAUUAACCAGCCUGCGACCACUCACAAUCCCGUCAUUUCAUGCUCGGGACAUGCUGCUUCCCAUUCCUGGAAGGGGAGCUGAUUGUAUCGUACCUGCCCAGGGAGGAGAGAUUUUUGAAACUUUGAUGUCGUACACCCACGUGACCCCCUUCCCAUCUGCACUCACAGGGACUGCUCCUGGGAUGGGCACUAGUUCCAGGUGGCCCGGCCGGUGCCGCGCUGCUGUGCCCCUACCUGCCUGAUCAGGAAGGCUGUGAAAAGGUUGUAGAACCAGGUGGCUCACUGGGUGCGGGGGCCUCCGUGGCAUCAGAUUGCCUGUGAGAGGUUUGUUUUCUCUAUUACAGACUGUAUUAUUUAACCCCCAGCCACCCCCCCUCCCCCAAUAAAGUACUUUAUUAGAAGCUUUUAAGUCUUUAAUAGACUUGCGUAUUUGGCUUCCCUCAUGCUUUCCGGUAAAAUAUAGUUUAUGGUAUUAUAUUUUAUUUUUAACAGAAAUACUGUACAUACGUAAAUGACUCUUGACAGGAAGGAAAUAUAUUAAUGUGAGAUCAGCCUCCUAUCAGUGAACAGAACAAAUACAUCAUUUAAAUGUAUGUUCCACUUGGAGUUGCUGCAAAUAUAGCCCUAUUUGUUUACUUUUGAAAAAUGUGAUAGUUGAAGAGAGCUACUAAAGAAUGAUUUAUGCCACUCUUUCUAAUAUUGUACUUUUGUUAAAAGACUGUACUCGGAACUUUCCCUCAAGUACUCACCCCCUCCUCUUCUUGCAGGAACUGUUUCCAUAAAGAUACGUACUGGCCUUUGACACAGCCAUAAAGCAGAAAGAUUUUCAUUCUUAUAUGGGUAUAUUAGCAUUUGUUGAAGAACUCGGGAGGGAGAUUGAUCAGUGAGAUACCUGGUUAUUGACUUUAUAUCUGAUGCUUUAGAAUCUUAACAAAAAUAAGUAGGAAAGCAUGGUUCUGAUCAGUCUAUAUAGUUGGCCACAAGUACCAGUGAUUUGGGGAGUUAAAUUUUGAUACUCUUCAAAUCUAAGUACACAGAACUUAGAUUUUGUGCUUUUAAAAUUUAGACUAAGAGAAAGACACUGUAGAAUUUAAACAGGGUUUUCAUUAAUUAAUAACGCAAGGUUCUAUAAACGUUGAUGAAAUUCUGCAUACUUGUAUGCUGAUGUUAUUUUUCGUUUCUAUUUUUAUCUUCUCAAAGGCAAGCAUAAGGGAAGGAAGGAGCAGGCCAUACGGGGUCCAAGGGCCUAGCUGCAAAGGGCACGUUAGCUGUUUCCAUUUUUCCCUUGGAUCUUUUUCUUAUCUUUCUUUUCUUUCUUAUUUUAAAAAUAAAAUUUCUGGAGCUAUAUAUUGAAUUUCCUGGUAUACAGGAUGUUUCCCCCUCCCCCAAAUUCCACUGGGCUGACUCUUUAAAAGGAAGGAAUCUAUACUGUGCCAAAGAAAAUAAGGC